AUGGCUGCCAUGUUCAGGUCUAUCCCACAGGUCUUUAGGGGCCAUCAAUGUGCAUCAGUCCUUCUCUCAGCAAGAAUGUUCAACAAAAAAGCAGAUGAGAAACUUAACCUGACUGAUAAAGUGGCUGUGGUCACUGGCUCUACAAAAGGGAUUGGCUUUGCCGUCGCCCGGCGUCUGGCCCAGGAUGGGGCGCAUGUAGUCAUCAGCAGCCGGAAGCAACAUAAUGUGGACCAAGCUGUGGCCAUAUUGAAGGAGGAGGGGCUGAGUGUGACAGGCACUGUGUGCCAUGUGGGGAAGGCUGAGGACCGCCAGCACCUUGUGACCACAGCCCUGGAACACUCUGGGGGUGUUGACUUCCUGGUGUGUGUGGCAGGAGUCAAUCCUUUGGUAGGAAGCACCCUGGGAGCCAGUGAACAGAUCUGGGACAAGAUCCUGGAUGUAAAUGUGAAGUCUCCAGCUCUGUUGCUAAGCCAGUUGCUGCCCCACAUGGAGAAGAGGGGGGGAGGCUCUGUUGUUCUGGUAUCCUCUGCAGUGGCUUAUGUCCCAGUGCCGAAACUGGGCGCCUACAACACCAGCAAGACGGCUCUGCUGGGCCUCUGCAAGUCUCUGGCUGUGGAGCUGGCUCCGAGAGGCAUCAGAGUGAACUGCAUAGUGCCUGGAGUUAUCAAGACUGACUUUGGCCUGGGGGAGAAAACAUUGCCGAACAUGUGGCCUGAGUUGAAUAAAAUCUACGGACUGCAGCGGUUAGGGGAGCCAGAAGACUGUGCCGGGAUUGUGUCUUUCCUCUGCUCCUCAGAUGCCAGCUACAUCACCGGGGAGAACAUCACAGUAGCUGGCUUCUCCCCUAGACUGUGAAAAGAGCGUGGCUUAGAGACUGGCUGGAGGUCCUCGGGAAAGCAGAGGGCUUGCUGGGGAACAGUAGAUGAAGAGCCUUAGCAUGUGCUUGGGGUCCAGGUCGUACAGGGAACACCUACUUAAAAAUGGUG